UGUGUUUUCAAACGUCGCAGUUUGGUAAAUUAACACGCCCUGAUGUGCAACUAGUGACGUAAAGUAUUUAUUACGUCACGUUGGCAUUAUUUGAAUUUUACGUUUAAGUGGUUGGCAGUACUUGUUCGUUUGCCAGUUUCAAUUUUGAACGUAAACAGCUGUAGUAAGCAUCCGGAUCUCAGUAUCCGUAUCCGAUCAAAAGUUUGAUUUUAUUCCGCGUGCACUCAAAAAAUCAUCAUGGGCAAUUACGCGAACAAGUUGAUGUUUCGUAUUCACGAAAAUCAAAAAGAAAACAAUGAAACCGACUGCAACGUGCAAACAACACCAAAAUUGCCCCAAAGAAGGGUACUGGUCGAUCCGCGAUCAAUUACAGUAGGAAUAACGAGAACUCCUAUUGAGGUGAAUACUCCUCCACUCGCGACAACUAAGAAAAUACCCAGUGCAAUUCCAAGACAUUUGCAGACAAAGCAAUUUCUCGAGACUAAUUUGGAUGUGGUAAUGCCACCGUUGUCGCCUAAGAAACCUCCGUUGCCAAGAUCAAUAACUAGCAAUCUUUCUGUGGAAUCAGAUGAGAAACGUGACAAUGACUAUCUAACGCCGAAAGCCAAUGUCGCAAAAAGGGGUAAAAAAAAAUUUACAUCGAUAGAUAAGGAACGUUACAGAGUUUUGGGAUUGGAUCCCAGAUCUCCGGCUGCGGAUUUCGAAAGAACUCCUAUUUUAGUAUCAAAAUCUCUUGCGUUGAUGAAGGCACGUUCGCAAGAACAUUUGAAUCGCAAAGGAAGUUACGAGACGGAUGUUUACAAUCCGGACAGUCCGGGAAAUCUGGAAAUCAGUUUGUCGCGCAGCAUUCCCGAAUUGUUUUUGAACGUGGCCUCGGAAAUUCGAACGAAAUUAAAUCUGAAUCAAGCGACCGAAUUCGAUACGAUCAAAUCCGAAUCGAAUCCGAGCGACGACGAGAUUUUUGAAAGCGAAGAGGACGAAGUAACGGUUAUCAAUAAUCCGAGAUUCAAGAAGAGGCAAGAGACAACGUCGAUCUCGAGCGAAGAAGAGACGUUAACGAUCGUUAAGGACAAAAUUAAGAAGAAUGAUAAUUACGAAAAUAUCGAAAUUGAUAUAACAAAGAAUACGCGUUCGAACAACAGUGACAAUAAAAUCGAAGUAUGGCACGAUUCGUCAUCGUCGGAGAAAGAGUUGUCAGGUAAGAAAGAGGUCGAGAAUAUUGUAGAAAAGUUACCGCGGGGAAAGAUUUCCAGGGAAGAAAUAAUUAUAACAUUUGAUGAAUGUACCGCAAUUAGUACAUCUGGUAAUAAAACAAUAAAAACGGAAUUGUGUCAUAAAGACGGCAAAAGAGACGAUGAGAAAAAAAGAAGGAGCAUCAAACCGGAUGUUAAAUUUAUAUCAAGUGAGAAAAAGAUUUUCACCCCUGAGAAAAAAUGUGGAACUGAAAUGUCAAUGAAUCGAACGCCGCUUGGCAAUCGAUCUAACAAUGGUCAAAAGAUGGCAUUGAACUUGACGCAAAGAUCGAGAAAUUCAAUUGAUACCAGGAUACAGCAAGAAAACACGCCUCCGAAGAGAUACAACGCAAAGAGCAAAAGUGACAAUCAAUGGGAUCCGAAUACCACAGUCUUCAUUUAACUAAUUUUAAAUGA